AUGACUACAAAGGACAAAAUUGCCACAAUCAGGAAGGAAAUAGAGAAAAUUGGAACAGGCUAUGGGAUGAUGACAUUAACCAAUCUUGCUGUUCCAACUGAGCGGACUCAAGCUUUUGGCGCAAUAAACAAAGUAAUCGAGAUCGCUAGAGCACAAGGACAUAAAGCUUUCUUCAACGUUGGAGAGUUUUACGGUCCUAAUUAUGCAAAUCUACAUCUCGUUAGAGAUUUCUUCAAAGAGUACCCUAAUUUGAGGGAAUAUGUAUUAAUCUCAUGUAAAGGUGCAAUUGAUAAUAAAAAAUUGACGCCAAAGGGUAAAUACGAAGAAGUUGUCGCUAGUAUGGAAACCUGUAUUAAAGAAAUUGGUGUUUUUAUUGAUAUUUUUGAGCCUGCAAGGCUGGAUUUUAAUUUAUGUAAAGAACAUGAUGUGUAUCCAAAAGAAACUCUUCAGGCUGUAGCUGAUUUUGUUGAUGCAGGUAAAUUUGGUGCCAUCUCUUUAUCGGAAGUGAACGGCGAACAGAUAAACGCAAUUAGUAAAGAUUUCGGAGACUACCUGGUCUGUGUAGAGAUUGAACUAUCAAUGUUCCGUGACACUAUUUUGAAAAAUGGAACUGCCAAGGCUUGUAGCGACAACGCUUUACCUAUUAUUUGCUAUUCACCACUAGGGAGAGGUAUCUUAACUGGACAAAUCACAAAGAACUCUGAUAUACCAGAUGGAGACUUCAGAAAGAAAUUAAAGUAUUUUUCCGAUGAAGCUCUAGCUCAUAACCAAGAAAUUGUCAAUUUCAUAAAAUCAGAGAUUGUUGAAAAACGUCCUGAUGAAAAGAGAGUUACUUUGGCUCAAGUAGCUUUAGCAUGGGUCAGAAAGUGGAGUUACAGUUCUGAAUAUCCAAAGUCAAAAUUCAUACCAAUCCCAUCAGGAUCAAGUGCUACCAGAGUUAGUGAAAACUUUGAAGAAAGUAAAACCCAACUUUCAGACACCGAAUUUGAAAAGAUUAAUGAAUAUGUCAACUCUUUUUCCCCUAUCGGAGGUAGCUACGAAUUUAUUUAA